AUGAGCGGACUACCGGAGAGCCAGGACAUGCGACCAGCAGAAAGCAUGAAGCAAACCCAGGGGAUACUCGACGAAAUUUGUCCGGAUCCGUCGCGGAUGAAUAGCAUAAUCACCUCCUCUGUGACGGACAGCAUCAAUGAUGCGACAUCAGCAGACCUCACCGUGGGUGCCAUGGUUUCCCCUGAAGCCUUCGAAUCCCACGUUCCAUCCUAUCUCUUCGCCCACAGCCUGGACACCCUGGAUGCGACUGAUUUCAAUUCGAACCUCGACUGGCUCUUUGAUAAUCUCCCAGGGGAAGAGUCGGCCCAUUUUGUGGACUCAUUCGGUGAAAGAGACUUCAAAUUUCCUUCCGUCCCAUUGGGAGACGCUCCGGGAGCUCAAAGUCCACGGCCAAAUCUGACCGCCGAUCACCAUCUCUUGGAAAAGGCCAACACACCCUCUGUCCAAGGUGCUAACGAUCUGGAUCUUCCGUAUCCUGGACCCCAAGAUAGCUGUGGUCCUGACGAUCCCUGGCCGAUGGAGUGGCAUGCUGAGCCGUCCCAGCCCAUUGUAGAUCUACCCAGCCUAGGUUGCGAUGAAGACGAAAACCCUCACUUGUAUCCUCGCUUUUUCUCGAACGCGUCCUUACACCCAUCCACUGUCGAGGCACUGGCACACCACCUCAGACUUCCAGCCAGCCGCAGUCCUUGGCAAUCCAGCAACUUGGACCGUUUCCCAGACAAAGCAAAGCUCGAUUAUUGUAUCGAUAGGUAUUUUGCUCAGUUUCACCAGUUAUUCCCCUUUAUUCAUCAACCGACUUUUGAUCCCGCCAAGGAUCUUACUGUAACCCUGGCCAUUGCCAGCAUCGGUGCACUCUAUACCCAGCUCUCCGAAGCCGUUUCUUUUUCCAACGCGCUGUCGGAGCUCAACCGCCGGCUACUUUUGUUCCUGGCAGAGUAUGAUCGCAGAUAUGUGCGGACAGAGGCCUAUCUAACAGCUCAGCUCCUCCAAGGCCUCCACGGCUACUACAGUGGAAACAAGCGACUGUUCGAACUGAGCGAAUCGUUUCGGAACAAUCUUGUGCAUCACGCAAAGUGCAUGGGUCUUUUCAGAUACAAGCCAGAACCGAAUAUGACAUCAGCAACAUCACAGAAGUUGGAGGAGCGGUGGAAAAACUGGAUCCGUGAGGAAAAGUUGCGCCGACUGGGCUGGGCCGUCUACGAAUACGAUGCCUCAGUCGCGUACCUACACAAUAAUCGGCCCUUUCUCAGUAUCGGAGAAGUUCACACUAACCUCCCUUGUAUGGCAAACUACUGGAGUGCCGAAUCUGCUCACGCUUGGGCGGCCAUGUUGCAGCCGACAGUGUCCGAUCCGGUGUCCCCGAGGCUCGAAACCCUUAUAAGAGUCUUCUUUGACGGGACUCGGAAACCCGAGGAAAAAGUUCAAGACGAACGACAUCGAUACAUAAUCGUCAGCACAUUGUGCCGGAUGAUCUGGACCCUCAAGGAGAUCAGGUCCUCACCGGUCGUGGAUCUUGUUCCUUAUGGCCCACAAAACACUACCGAGAUUCUUGUCGCGGCGGCUGACAAGUUAAGCAGGUGCCCUCAAACUCUAGCCGCGACUCUUACGACGGCAGAGCUGGCACAUGCUAUGCAUACGCUGCAAGUCGUCUACGUUACCCACCUGUAUGGAGCGGGCGGUCUGAUGAACUGGCUAUAUCCACUCCUUCGCGACGAUUACCUGGCCACUACGACCUUCACUAGCUUGGACCAUUGGGCUAAACAGAACCCCAGGGUAGCAAGGGAGGCGGCCUUCUACAGUGCGCGGAUACUUGCUAUUGCAAGAAUCUACCCGAGUAACUCGCCCAACGAGCCCGCGAUGAUAUUCCAUGCUGGUACCGUGUUGUAUUUCCUUGCGAAGGUUCUGCCAACGAACUUUGGGACAGACAGAGCCGCGGUCUGGCUCGAUCAACUCUCCCCCGGGGACGACGGACCUCCGUCGCCGGUAAAACAGUGGAUUAGUCACGGUGAAUCCUCGAUCGUCUGCAUGCAUGGAGUUCCCUCGUUGCUCUCAGAACAAGGAGGGAAACAUAUUCUCGAUCAGACGGCAGAGCUACUUAAACGUCGACGGGUAUGGGGCAUAGCGGACAGCUUUUUCAAAGUAGUCCUACGGUUGCGCGACCGUACGAAAAAGUCUCUGGAAUGA